AUGUUGCAACAGAUUGAUAAACCGGAAAAAAAAUUCGUCUUCUUUUUCUUCUUCUUCUUCUUUUUUCUUCUUCUUCUUCUUUUUCUUCUUCUUUUUUUUCUUCUUUCUUCUUCUUCUUCGUCUUUUUCUUCUUCUUCUUUUUUCUUUUUCUUCUUCUUCUUCUUUCUCCUUCUCCUUUUUUCUUCUUCUUUCUUCUUCUUCUUCUUCUUUUUUCGUCUUCUUUCUUUUUCUUUUACUUUUUUCUUUUUUUUGUUCUUUUUCUUUCUUCUUCUUCUUCUUCUUCUUCUUAUUAUUAUUAUUAUUAGUAGUAUAACAUUUGGCGCCAACCAUUACAAUUUGGCGCGCAAUAGCGUUCUACCUCAACAUCAACCUCACGCUUCACAGAUUCGUCAGACCUACUAUCCAGAAACCACGAACUCGACAACACGAACUCGACACCCCAUCCUUUCUUUCUUCGUCCUGUCAUAUUAUGCAUCCAUGAUCAUCGUACGGGAGACUAUAAAUUGGGUGCCUGAUAAAACAUUCAAAUACGGACACUUUAUCUAUCUAUCUAUCUAUCUAUCUAUCUAUCUAUCUAUCUAUCUAUCUUUAACUGUCUUUCUCAUAUUUAUCUGUUUUUGCCUUUUAUCAUUUCUCUUAAGCUGUCCACAUCUAUCUAUCUAUCUAUCUAUCUAUCUAUCUAUCUAUCUUUUCAUCAUUUCUCUGAAGAUGUCCACAUCUAUCUAUCUAUCUAUCUAUCUAUCUAUCUAUCUAUCUAUCUAUCUCUGCCUUUUUCAUAUUUAUCUAGAUUUUUAUCUCUGUCCACAUCUAUCUAUCUAUCUAUCUAUCUAUCUAUCUAUCUAUCUAUCUAUCUAUCUAUCCUUUUAUCAUUUCUCUGAAGCUAUGUCCACAUCUAUCUAUCUAUCUAUCUAUCUAUCUAUCUAUCUAUUCUUUUAUCAUUACUCUGAAGAUGUCCACAUCUAUCUAUCUAUCUAUCUAUCUAUCUAUCUAUCUAUCAUUUCUCUGAAGCUGUCCACAUCUAUCUAUCUAUCUAUCUAUCUAUCUAUCUAUCUAUCUAUAUGUCCACAUCUAUCUAUCUAUCUAUCUAUCUAUCUAUCUAUCUAUCUAUCUAUCUAUCUAUCUAUCUCAGUGUGUUUUAAGUAUCUAUCUAUCUCUGCCUUUUUCAUAGUUAUCUAUCUAUUUUUAUUUUUUAUCAUUUCUCUGAAGCUGUUCACAAGAAUCUAUUUUUUUGCGCUCUUUUCCUGUGUAUUUCAUUCUGUUCAUAUCUAUCUAUCUAUCUAUCUAUCUAUCUAUCUAUCUCAGUCUGUUCAUAUCUAUCUAUCUAUCUAUCUAUCUAUCUAUCUAUCUAUCUAUCUAUCUCAGUCUGUUCAUAUCUAUCUAUCUAUCUAUCUAUCUAUCUAUCUAUCUAUCUAUCUAUCUCAGUCUGUUCAUAUCUAUCUAUCUAUCUAUCUAUCUAUCUAUCUAUCUCAGUCUGUCCAUCUAUCUAUCUAUCUAUCUAUCUAUCCCAAUCGUUUCCUGUGUAUUUUAUUCUGUUCAUAUCUAUGUGCAUGCAGUUUUUACUAA